UGACAUGAGAGAGGCUAGUGAGUUGGUGCAUCCACUACCUUCUCUCUCCACACUGCCUUAAAUGUGUCAUUUUACCCUUGAACUGACUCUCCACAAAACAUUCCUAGUCAGCGAUCAGCACCAUAUACGAGCUAUAUAUCAGUGAUUACAUUAUAUUGAAUAAUACAGUAAAUAAACUUGAAGCAAACAGCAAAAUGAUGUCCCAAGGUGUUGGCAUCAAUGCAAUGGAUCGCUUGCGUCUGGACUCCCCUGACAGAAGAACUGCUUGGAAAGAAGAGAAGGAACGCAAAUUGGCUAAGUUGAAGCAGUUGCGUGCAGAGAGAGAGAACAGACGAAGAAAACAACUGGAAAAAGAGGCUCAGGAAGCAGCAGUGCGAGCCAGCAGUGUCCCUCGCGAUGAUCAGGACUUGGAUAAGAUGCUCUCCUCACUUGGAGUGGCUCCAGUUUCAGAAGUGCUAUCAAGCAUGUCGAGCAUGUCUUCUGAGCCAGGAGGAGAUCAUAGUGGCUCCCCGGAUAAGAGCUUGGAGGCCAAUUCUACAGCAUCUCCACGCACACCCAGCAAGAAGCAGCCACAAUUGUCAGUAGUAAGUGUACAAGCGACGAACAUUCCUCCUCGUGAAACUGUUACCUACGCCAAGGGAGUACAGACUUCAGGAUCUGGGGAUGGCCACGGUUACUAUGAGGACUGGUGGAGGCCCCGCAAAGCCCAUGCCUUCGACUAUUACGGAGAUGGAAUCUUAGCUCAAAUUCGAUCUAAAUACCACAGUAUGCACGAAUAUAAUCUAAACCCAGCGCUAGAAUGGGAUGAUGAAUUCACAGCUGAAGAAGAGGACAAUUCCCUGACCAUGCUGGAUACACCACCAAUAUAUGGAGGGGGGCACAACCGUCAUCUGCCACCAGGGAUACUGCCCACUGGUAUGCCAACUGUUCAAGAUGUUAAGCCAGCAUUAGCUACUGAAGCAGAAAAGAAAGUAGAAGAGGAGAAACCACAACCACCACGUGAGUUGUCCGAUGAGGAGAAGCAGAUGUUGAUGAUGACUGAAGAAUUUCACAGCUUCUUUGAUCGUUCCACACGCAUCUUGGAAAGAGCCCUGGCUGAAGAUGCCAACAUUUUUGUGGAUUAUUCACACGACUAUGAAGAAGAUGGUGAAGCAAAUGAAAGUGGUGGGAUCAAACUAUCAUUGAAUCGUUGGUUCUAUGAUGAGAGGUGGUCUCGUAAUCGAUGUAUCACCUGCAUGGAUUGGUCACCUCAGUAUCCAGAACUUUUAGUGGCCAGUUACAAUAACAAUGAAGAUUCUCCACAUGAUCCUGAUGGUGUUGCUCUGGUAUGGAACACAAAGUUCAAGAAGGAUACACCAGAAUACAUCUUUCAUUGUCAGUCUCCUGUAAUGUCUGCAACUUUUGCCAGGUUUCAUCCAAACCUCAUCAUUGGAGGUACUUACUCAGGACAGAUUGUUUUGUGGGACAACCGAAGUCAGAAGCGAACUCCAGUUCAGCGGAGCCCCCUCUCAGCAUCGGCUCACACACAUCCUGUGUACUGUAUGAAGGUGGUGGGAACACAGAAUGCUCACAACUUGAUCAGUGUGAGCACUGAUGGCAAAAUGUGUUCGUGGUCCCUUGACAUGCUCUCUCAACCCCAGGAGUCAAUGGAGCUACAGCACAAGCAGUCACGAGCAGUUGCUGUAACUUGUAUGGCCUUUCCACAUGGUGAUGUCAACAAUUUUAUUGUUGGAUCAGAAGAAGGGGCUGUAUUCACUGCUUGCCGCCAUGGGAGUAAAGCCGGUAUUGUGGACGCCUACGAGGGGCAUCAGGGUCCUGUGACGGGAAUAAGCACUCAUUCUACUCCUGGACCCAUAGAUUUCUCUCAUCUCUUCCUUACUUCUUCCAUUGACUGGACAGUCAAAUUAUGGUCUGUGAAGCAUUGGUCCAUGAAGGAAACAAAGCCGCUGUAUUCCUUUGAGGACAAUGGGGAUUAUGUUUAUGAAGUAGCCUGGUCGCCAAUCCACCCAGCACUCUUCACAACUGUUGACGGUUCAGGAAGGAUCGACCUUUGGAAUCUCAAUCAGGAUACUGAAGUGCCCACUGCUAGUACAGUUGUUGAAGGUAGUCCAGCCUUGAAUAGAGUGUCUUGGACAAAUUCUGGUCAGCAGAUCACAGUGGGAGAUGACAUGGGGAAGAUAUGGAUCUACGAUGUUGGAGAGCAACUAGCCUUACCACGUGCAGAUGACUGGGCACGACUUGUGCAUACGAUGGGUGAAUUGAAGAACAACCAAGCAGAUGAUGAUCAAUCUACUAGGCACUAUGACUCCUCAUUUUCAUCACUUACGUCACUUUCAUCAUCUCCUCUAAGAUGAAAUUUCUGCCUAAUGUAUUCUGAAUUAUAGCCACUCAUUUCAUGGUGAUAUAUAUUAGUAGUAAUGGUAAAUUAUUAAAGGAUUUAUUUAAAAUCUAUAGCAUGCAGAUGACUCGAUACCCAAAUAAUGGCACAUUGAGCCCAGAAGUGUUAUGUAAUUGAUGUAGUAAGAAAUGUAUUAAAGUUAAUUAUUGUGAAAGAGAAAAAUAUUUUUUAACCUUAAAUUUGGAAGCUAUGAUUUUUGGGUUAGAAAAUAAUGAACCCGUUUACCAUUCUGUAUUGAAGGGGCAUAGUAGUGCACAAGUUCCUUUUGAGGAUUAUUUGCCAAAUUGAGAUUAAUUUCAGUGUAAACCUUAAGCAACUUGUGUAAAUUAAUUGUAGUAAAACAUUUUUAUAUAUCCUUAAUGUUGAGAUAAAACAAUAAUCAAUUUAAUGUCCUUCAGUUAUAAAAUUGAGUGGGAAGCCCUAAACUCAAAAGGGCCUUGGAUUAAGAGCACUUCCACUGAAGGUUAUUUCCUUUGAAAAAGUUGAAUGACUUGAUAAAAUUUAUUCACCUUUCUCCAUGUUGAACUGUCCUUCCUGCGAGUGUAAUCAGUUCCUUGACCUUUCAGAGGUGGUUUCUGAAUACCUUCCACAUUCACCCAGAUGCAAAACAAUAGAAUUUAGAAAAUAAACUAGUCUACAUUCUCUAGUUUGAAGGAAUAUAAUUUUAAGAUUUAAAACACCCAUAUUUCCUACAAAUUAUUUUCUUUUAAAAGGAUAUGUCAAGUUAUAAAAAAUAAAUAUAA